AUAGCCGCGGCCGCGGCAGGCGGAGGGUAGAGCGGUGGGGACGAUGCAGGGUAACGGGCAACGAGCGGCGGCGAAGGGCCACGAAGACCACUUCGGUGGGAUAGGGGCGGCUGACGGCGGGCUGCAGCCUGCGGCCGUGCCCAUGCUGCCGGCCAUGGAGGUGGCCGAGGAGCCGGAGAGAGCUCCGGGCGGCAAGAGCAAGGACCCCAACACCUACAAAGUGCUCUCCCUGGUACUCUGUGUCUGCAUGUUAACGACAAUCCUAGGAUGUAUAUUUGGCCUGAAGCCUAGCUGUUCAAAAGAUGUGAAAACCUGCAAAGGUCGUUGCUUUGAAAGGACCUUUGGAAGCUGUCGUUGUGAUAGAGAUUGUGUCAAGCUUGGAAACUGCUGCUUAGAUUACCAGGAAACAUGUAUACAACCAGCCCAUAUAUGGACAUGCAAUAAAUUCAGGUGUGGAGAGAAGAGGAGACCAGAAUAUCAUUGUUCCUGUUCGGAUGAUUGUGUGGAAAAUAAAGAUUGCUGUGUGAAUUAUCACGCUGUUUGUAAAGGAGAGGCAAGCUGGGUUGAAGAAGAAUGUGAGGACAUUACUGAACCUCAGUGUCCAAAAGGAUUUACCAAAUCUCCAGUGUUACUGUUUUCAUUGGAUGGCUUCAGAGCAGAGUAUUUGCAGACUUGGGGUGGACUUCUACCCGUUAUUAGCAAAUUACAGAAAUGUGGAACAUACACUUCCAGUAUGAGACCAGUGUAUCCUUCAAAAACCUUUCCCAACCAUUACUCCAUUGUCACAGGGCUGUAUCCUGAAUCUCAUGGUAUAAUUGAUAACAAGAUGUAUGACCCCAAAAGAAAUGCAUCCUUCACCCUUAAAAGUGAAGAGAAGUUUAAUCCACUGUGGUACCAAGGACAGCCUAUCUGGUUAACGGCUAUGUACCAAGGUCUAAAAGCAGGUACAUUCUUUUGGCCUGGGUCAGAUGUGGCAGUUAAUGGAACCUUCCCAAACCUGUAUGAAAAAUACAAUAGCUCAAUCCCCUUUGAAGAAAGGGUGGUAACUGUUCUUCGCUGGCUGCAGUUACCUGAAGAUGAAAGACCACACUUUUACACUCUGUAUUUAGAAGAACCAGAUUCCUCGGGCCAUAAGUUUGGACCAGUAAGCAGUGGAGUCAUUAUAGCAUUACAGAGAGUGGACAACAUAGUAGGAAUGCUGAUGGAUGGUCUCAAGCAAAUGAACUUGCAUAAAUGCCUGAACAUUAUUUUUAUAUCAGAUCAUGGGAUGGAAGCAGGGAGCUGCAGAAAAACAGCAUAUCUCAACAGCUAUCUGGACAAUGUUCAAGAUUUCAUAGUAGUACCUGGUCCUGCAGCUCGCCUAAGACCUAAUAAUGUUCCAGAUGAGUAUUUCUCUUUUAAUUAUGAAGGCGUUGUCAGAAACCUCACAUGCAUAGAACCACAUCAGCCUUUCAAAGCUUAUAUGAAACAGCUGCUACCCAAGCGUUUCCAUUAUUCCUAUAAUGACCGGAUUGAACCAUUGCACUUCUAUUUAGACUCCCAAUGGCAGCUUGCUAGGAAACCUCUUGAGAUUAAAAGUUGCACAGGUGGGUUCCAUGGCUCAGACAAUCGCUUCACCAGUAUGCAGGCUAUCUUUAUUGGGUUUGGACCAGGAUUCAAGUUUCGUACUCAAGUUGACCCAUUUGAAAACAUUGAAGUCUAUAAUUUAAUGUGUGAUUUGCUUGAUUUGAAACCAGCCCCAAACAAUGGAACCCAUGGACGCCUAAACCAUCUUUUAAGGAACCCUGUUUACACCCCCCACCAUCCCAAAGAAACAAGCCAUCCUUCCGAUUGCUCUGUGGUGGGACAAAGAGCCUUUUCAGUGAGCCUUGGCUGCUCCUGCAGGACAGAGGGUUUGCCAAUAAGGGAUUUCCAUCAGCGUUUAAAUCUCACUGAAACAGAAGUUAAGAAAAUAGAGAAACUUACCUUGCCCUACGGACGGCCCAGGGUUCUCCAGAAGAGACAUAAUUACUGCCUCCUCUACCAUUACCGCUAUGUGAGUGGAUACAGCAAAGACUACAGAAUGCCUCUCUGGAGUGCAUAUACUCUUAACAAAGAUGACAAGUGGGUUUCUGCUACAGAAGCUACCUCCAGCUGUUUACACAAGGAUGUUCGUAUUUCUUUUAAUCAUAACCAGACAUGCUUGUUCUACAGCAAUCAUCCUCGCCUAACUUAUGGAUUCCUUUCUCCUCCAAAUUUUAUGACAGAUGCAAAGAAACAUCACUAUGAUGCCUUGCUUACCAGCAACAUUGUACCAAUGUAUCCUGCAUUUAAAGUGUUAUGGAACUACUUCCAUCAAUACCUGCUACCUGAAUAUGUUGCAGCCAGGAGUGGUGUCAAUGUAGUCAGUGGUCCUGUGUUUGAUUAUGAUUCUGAUGGUCUCUAUGAUACCCCAGAAAAGGUGAAAAGACACCCUGGUAACUCAGAAGUUCCAAUUCCAACUCACUUCUUCAUUGUGCUGACUAGUUGUAAAAAUACUUCUGAAACUCCUCUGGAGUGUGAAGAGUCUCUAGAUGCCUUGGCUUUCCUCGUACCUCACAGAGAAGACAACAGUGAAAGCUGUGCAGAUGGCAAGUCUGAGUCUAUGUGGGUUGAAGAGAGAAUGAAGUUUCAUACAGCUCGGAUCAGAGAUGUAGAAUUAAUUACUGGACUCAGCUUCUAUCAAGAAAGAAAACAGCCUGUGUCUGACAUUUUACAGUUAAAAACAUAUUUACCAACUUUUGAAAUGGUCUGAUUUUUUUCCUAUGGAAUAUUGGUAUACAUUUCACAACUGAUUUGUAAAUAGAAUGAAAACUUUUUUUAAUAAGCUGGAACAUUUAUUGAGAACUUUUGACCAAAAUGCCAGUAGGGAGGAGAGUGGGUGCCAUAUUUGUAUCUCAGGGACUCCUGGUGGACUACGUGUGUAACACAGGAUGGCAACUCCUGCCAUUUCCACUUGAAUGUGGUAGAACCAUGUCCAUUAUUAAAUGCUAACAGCAUUUGAUCAUCCUAGUCUGAGACACGAACAAAAAUGUUAUCUUUUUAUAUGCACUGGAGAGGGAGAAGCUUAUAAAGCAUGGGUUAUGAUCUAUAUUCUACUUUAAAAAUCUAGGUAACUAGCAAAUACGGUUCUGGGAAAUAACUACAUUCUUGGUGACCACUGAAAUACAAACAACAGCACCUCUAACUCCACUUUUCCUUGAAGCAUGAAUUACAUUCUGAGCUGUGGGUCUCAUAAAAUUGUGCAGCAUUAUGGUGCAAGAAGCUAUGCUGAGGUUAGUAAGACUGCUAACUGAAACUUCCCCAAAAUGAGCAGGCACCUGGCUAAUGCAGCUGUUGGCUGGGCAGCCUUGGCAUGUUGCUGCCCUCUGGUGUCUCUGAUGCUCCGAUACACUGAUGGAGGGUGUGGUGCACAGCUUGCUUGUUAUGCAUCCUCAGAGUGAGCAGGUAUAUGUAGGAUGUGUCAAGUCACCUGCAAAUCAGAAGAAAUUAAUUCAGGAAAUCUCUGAGCUCUGAGAAAUAAUUAUCUUGCUUCAAAUUAAACUUAGAUUUGAUAAAAAAAGAUUUUGCUUUCCUGAACCAAAGAGGUCUUUCUCAGUUAGGUGCAUGAUUUUGUCAGCUAUGGUUUUGAAAUCCCAUUUUUGUCAAGAAAAUGUAAUUUUGCAGUGAGAUUGUUGCCUUAGACUGGUAAGAUGAUCUUCUCUAAUGGCACAUCUCAUUGCUACUGUAAAUGCCCACAGGCCUGUCAUAGAAUGGUUCGGGUUAGAAAGGGACCUUUAAAGAUCCUCUAGUUCCAGCCCCCUUUGGUUGUCCAUUGGUGGCAAAUGACCAGAUCCUAGCUGCAUUUGUAGCUGUUCUUUGUGCUACAUCAUCCAAAUUUCAGCUCACAGAAGUUACCCAUCUGGAAUGCAGACACUGCCAGAUGCAAAUUCUGAAGAAGCAUGUAAUGAGCUUUCUUGGAAGCUUUCAGGCUACACAAACAGCUGCUACAGGCACUCAGGAGUGUAGGAACUCCCUCCUUUUCCAGUACACAUGCUAUCAUUUUUUUUUAAUUCUCCCACUCUCUCUAAAGCUGAUGAGCCAAAACUGGCUCUGUUAUGUAUAAAGUUUGGCAUAGUCAAUUACACAUUUAUGUUCUUCUCAUUUAAAAAGAAGAAAAUACAGCACGCACAAGUAUGUUAGAAGAAUGAAGAGCCUGUGACUGAGCAGAGAGGCAGUUUACCUUACAGCUUGGUCAGGGGAUGUUGGAAGCUGGAUUCAAAGCCUGCUUAAGUCAGUGGAAGCUUUUCCAUUAACUUCAGUUUGAGUGGUUUGAAAUCCUGGGACCAUUUUUUUUUUUUUUUUUUCUUCUAACCAGAUGUAUUCUUGAUCUUCUGUUACAAGCAUGACUUUUUUUCCUACAGUAGUUUCACUGUGUGAAAUUUAAAUGUGUUGUAGCAACCUCACAUUAUGAUAUGACUGUGACAGCAUUAUUCAGUGUAACUGCUUUGUACCAUUGCCUGUGACCAAUAAAAACAUUAUUAGUA